AUGUCCGGCGGCGAGCGGCGCCCCUCCACCUGCCGCGUGGAGCUGGGCGCGCUGCUGGCGCCCGAGCCGCGCCCGCCCGACAGCAAGGUCAAGCGACACAGCAUCCAUGGGAUGACAGAGGAGGAGAAUGUGGUGCGCCCGCACCAGGAGAUGGCUGUACUGUCGCUGGAGGAGAAGAAAUACCUGCUUGGCGUGGAGAGGGGUGAUGUGGCGGGCACGAGGCGGGUGCUGCAGCGCGCCCGGGACACCGGGCACAUCAACGUGGACUGCGUGGACCCCCUGGGGCGAAGUGCGCUCCUCAUGGCCAUCGAUAACGAGAACCUCGAGAUGGUGGAACUGUUACUGGAGUUCGGGGUGGAGACACGAGACGCCUUAUUGCACGCCAUCUCCGAAGAGUUUGUGGAGGCUGUCGAGGCGCUUCUCGAUCAUGAGGAGCGCACCAGAAAGCCGGGAGAGCUGCAUAGCUGGGAGGCGCUCCCGCCGGAGACGGCCACCUUCACGUCGGACAUCACGCCGCUGAUCCUGGCCGCGCACAGAGACAGCUACGAGAUCAUCAAGCUGCUGCUUGACCGCGGCGCAUCUCUGCCGGUACCUCACGACGUGCGCUGCGGCUGCGACGAGUGCGUGCGCUCGCGCCGCGAGGACUCUCUUCGGCACUCGCGCUCCCGCAUCAACGCGUACCGCGCCCUCGCCUCCCCCUCCCUCAUAGCCCUCUCCUCUAAAGACCCCAUCCUCACCGCGUUUGAGCUCUCAUGGGAGCUGCGCCGACUGUCCGCACUCGAGCACGAGUUCAAGACCGAGUACCAGGAGCUGCGCAUGCAGUGCCAAGAGUUCGCUACCGCGUUGCUCGACCACACGCGAACCUCGCACGAGCUUCAAGUUCUGCUCAACCACGAGACGGGCUCCCCGCAGGCUCCUCUCGCCGAGCCCGGCGCACCGGAGAGGAUGCGUCUGUCGCGUCUCAAAUUGGCCAUCAAACUGCGCCAAAAAAAGUUCGUCGCGCAUCCAAAUGUGCAGCAACUGCUGGCGUCUAUAUGGUAUGAAAGUGUCCCGGGAUUUCGGCGCAAAAACAUGCUGCUGCAAGCGGUCGAAAUGAUGCGUAUAGGAGCUAUGUUCCCGUUGUACUCCUUGGCGUAUAUAGCAGCUCCACACUCCACCGCCGGCCGGACUCUCCGCAAGCCCUUCAUCAAAUUUCUUUGCCAUUCAGCCAGCUAUUUCAUGUUCCUUUUCUUAUUAAUAUUGGCGUCCCAAAGAAUUGAAACGACGGCGGCAGGGUUACUUCGGGGCGCGACGAAUGAAAUUCCACUCUCUCGACGAGGGUCCCUGCCGUCAUUAGUAGAAUGGCUUAUACUGUCUUGGGUCAGCGGUUUGAUCUGGAGUGAAGUGAAACAACUAUGGGACAUGGGCUUGCGAGAGUACGUGCAUGAUAUGUGGAACGUGAUAGACUUUGUGACUAAUUCUUUAUAUGUUGCAACAGUCGCUCUACGAAUAGUAUCAAAUUUUCAGGUUCGCCGGGAAAUGGCGAUGAAUCUUCAAUGGAAUCAACCGCGUGAGAAAUGGGACGCUUGGGAUCCGAUGCUUCUAUCGGAGGGUUUGUUUUCAGCUGCGAAUAUCUUCAGUAGUUUGAAGCUAGUGUACAUUUUUAGCGUCAAUCCCCACCUCGGACCUCUGCAAGUGUCCCUUAGUCGUAUGGUGCUAGAUAUUUUAAAGUUUUUCGUGUUGGACAUUCUCGUCAUCUUCGCGUUUUCUUGUGGAUUAAACCAGCUGUUAUGGUACUAUGCUGAGAUGGAAAAGAAACGUUGCACAAUAGGAACUGUAGCAGCAGCUAAUGGUACAAUAGUGGAUCCAGAUGCUUGCGUUGUAUGGAGACGAUUUGCUAAUCUGUUCGAAACAAUGCAAACCCUGUUCUGGGCGGUGUUCGGGCUAGUGGAUUUGGAUUCGUUUGAACUAGACGGCAUCAAAAUCUUCACACGCUUCUGGGGCAUGCUGAUGUUUGGAACUUACGCUGUUAUCCAAAUAAUAGUGCUUCUUAACUUGCUGAUUGCUAUGAUGAAUCAUUCUUAUCAACUGAUAUCCGAGCGUGCUGACGUUGAAUGGAAGUUUGCGCGAAGCAAAUUGUGGAUCAGCUAUUUCGAGGAAGGAGGAACGGUACCGCCACCCUUCAACGUCAUCCCGUCUCCGAAGUCCGCACUUUACACUUGGAACUGGCUUCAACGACGCCUCUGCGGACAUGCGCGAGCUAAGCGUGAACAUAUGCGUACCAUUCGGAGAAAAGCAAAGCAGGCCAAUGAGAGGGACUUCCGGUAUCAGGCUAUAAUGCGGAACUUGGUGCGGCGGUACGUGACGGUGCAGCAGCGGCGCGCGGAGUGCGGCGGCGUCACGGAGGACGACGUGAACGAGAUCAAGCAGGAUGUCAGUGCUUUUCGCUGCGAGCUGGUAGAGAUCCUGCGCAACUCCGGCAUGAACACAUCCACUGCUAACGCUGGGGCUCCGGGUGGCGGUGGCGGCAAAAAGAACCGCCAAAAGGAGCGCCGUCUGAUGAAGGGCUUCAACAUCGCGCCAGGGGGUUCUCUUGCGCCGGUGGACGAGUUCUUGGCGUCACUGCAUCACGAGCACGACGCUCACGGACCACACGGUCCCCACGGACCCCACAGUGCUCACCACGCGUCAUUGUCGGCACUGCUGGGGGGCAGACUUCGCGCCAGUCAGUCAAGUCUGUCUGAUGGUGGGACGAAUGCUCGCCGAAAGUCUCCUCACAAACGCCGCUGGGGCACCAUCAUCGAGGCCGCGAGAGCCGCAAGGGUCUCACGGCUCAUUGGUCGCUCGCGUUCCGAGGACUCCGUCUGCGAUCAUGCGAGACCCUCGCCCAGUGGCAGCGAGCGGUCGGAGUCGGGCAGCGACUCCGCUCGCAGCCCGGAACGCACACGCAGCGGGCCGCUGCACCCGCUGUCGGCGCUUGCAGCUCUCAAGCGCAAGCGAAAGAAGUUCUCGGACUCGCGGCGCGCGCCGGCCGAGGAACGCGCCUGCGCUUCGGAAGCGCUGCAGCGCGCCAGCUCCGUGCCGGCGCGCGUGCCGCCCGCGCCGCCGCCGCGCGCGCCGCCCGCCCCCGCGCACGCCCCGCUCCCCGCCGCGCCCCCGCCCGCCGGAAGCCGGGAGCCGCUGCUCGCCAGCCUCGACGACGACGCGCACAAGGAGGCUUGUGGGCAGUGUGGGUACGAAACCAGCGUGGAGGGAGGGACGGAGGAGUGCGAGAGGUCCACAAGCCCAGGGGGAGCGUCGUGUGGACGCUGUGCGGCUCUGGCGCGCCUCGCCGGCGUCACGCCACUGCACGGACACGCGCCGCACCACUCCGCCGGAUGGCUCUAG